GAAAAUGAAUCUGACGUAUCGCAACAAAUUAAACGCUCGCUCAUUCAAUUCCUUCCAAAGUAAGCAUUGUUAGUUGAAAAUGAAUCCACUGGUGCAGAGCUAUGCAAGAACCGGAAAGAGCCACGUCGACGUUGGAAUUCCGAUCAGCUCAGCAAUAUGCUCCUUUCACAACUCUCAGAGAACAAUUUUGCAUGAUGGAGAAGGCCGACGCCAAGUCCUCACUUUAUCCAAAGAAACUUCAAAAAUUAGAUCAAUAACAUUUGGACACAAGAUCACAGAAACUAUAAAGGGAAAGUUGAGGCUGGGAGCCAAAAUCCUUCAAGUAGGAGGAGUUGGCAAAAUCUUCAAGAGGAAUUUCGAUGUUAAGGAUGGUGAAAAGCUAGUGAAGACUAGCCAGUGCUAUUUAUCAACAACAGCUGGCCCCAUAGCAGGCCUUCUGUUUAUCUCCACUGAUAAGGUGGCUUUCUGCAGUGAGAGAUCCAUUAAGCUCCUUUCUGCAAAUGGGAAAUCGAAAAUAAUUCGUUACAAAGUGACAAUCCCACUCAGAAAAGUAAAGAGUGCCAAUGAGAGUCACAAUGUGAAGAAACCAUCACAGAAGUAUGUGCAGGUGGUUACAGAGGACAAGUUUGAGUUCUGGUUCAUGGGCCUCAUAAAUCAUAAAAGAACACUCAGAUUUCUUCAGGAGGCAAUAAUCUCUCAGAAUCAGUGUCAGCAUAUGCUGUCACAGACAGGUGGCAGAAUUCUGUAAACUAAGCUUGGCUUUGUCUCACAUGUAAAUAUGAAUUAUUGGGAAGAGACUUGAUUGUCACAAAACCUCUUUGGAAAGUUUUGACAGAUCAAUGAGAUUUCACAAUUGUAUGUAUGAUAUGAAUGAGAAAGACUAGUUCAUUUUCCA